AUGUCCACACUUACCAACAGCGUCAGCAACAACAAUAAUAACAACAACAACAACAACAAUAACCACCUCCAGCACCACCACAGCAGUCAACAUUUGUCCUCCCCGCAGCAGGGGACGACGACAGCAGCAGCCUCCUCAUCAUUCCUCAGUUCGGCGGCAACAACGACGCCGUCCAGCAUCAACAAUAACAAUACGGCUAGCCCGCACGACAGCAACAUUAUCAACAACAACAACCCAACGGCGACUCCGGCCGCGCCCUCUAGUGGUGGCGUCGUCGGUGGCAUCCUUGGCGUGCGGGAAGUCAGCGCGAAGCUGUUUCUCCCGUUCGCCCGCACGAUGAUGUCCUCGUCGUCCUCGCACGCCGCCAGUGCCACGGACACUGCCGCCGGUCCGAUGGAUACGACGGGUGCGGGUGGCGUUGGCUCAACGGUGGCGAUGGCCGGUAACAACGGUGGUGGCACCGGGACGUCGUCGUCGUCGGGACGCCACCAGCACCAGCUGGUCGUGCCGGAAGCACUGAACGUGGUGCUGCACGGCUACCAGCGCAAGCUGAAGACGAACAAGAAGAAGUACUUCGUCGUGUACGGGGACACGCCGGAAAAGUUCGCCCGGCUCGAGUACUUUGACAGUGAGAAAAAGUUCAAGCAAUCGUUCGCGAAGGGUGUUGCCGGUGAGGGUGGCGGUGGCGGUGGGCCGGCCGCGAAGCGGAGCAUCGCGCUGCGGAGCUGCUUCAACAUCAACAAGCGGCACGACACGAAGAAGCACAUCAUCGCCCUGUUCACGAAGGACGACUGCUUCUGCAUCGUGUUCGAGAGUGAGGACGAGCUCAACCGGUGGCUGCGCACGCUGCUGCGGUUGCAGCGCGGCGAGGAGUCGGAAGGCGACCCCCCGAGGCCCACAUUCGAGCACGUUUGGGAUGUGUUCGUGCAGCGGAAGGGGCUCGGCGACAGCUACGGCAUCCUGGGCAACUAUCGGCUCUGCAUCACCGACAAGAUCCUGUCGCUGGUCCGCAUCGGACCGUCGGUGACCGCCACCGGGGACCAGCGCGUCGAGGUGGUCGAGUUCUCGCUCGCAUCGAUACGACGAUGCGGCAACUCUCAGCGCUACUUUUACCUGGAGGUUGGCCGGAGCUCGAAGACCGGCGCCGGCGAGAUUUGGAUGGAAGUGCAGGACUCCAUCAUCGCGCAAAACAUGCACACUACCAUCAUGAAGUCGGCGAAAAAUAAGGACGACAAUCUCGGACCGAUGAUCCGGAUACGGUCGUCGUCGGCGAACGCCGCCUCGAAGCCCACGUCGAUGCUGUUCCGCCGCCAGACGCACACCGGCCAGAAGCCGAUCAACUGUUCGCCGUCGAGCGUUACUACAUCCGCAUCCAUCUCCGCCGGGGUAUUCCAUCAAAGAGCUUUAUCAUUGCCCAGCGCCCCCAUGUUAGGCCAUUCUCCCCAUAGCGUUACGAACCAUUUGAGUGCGAUCCAUGCGAGUAGUAGUGCCCGAUCUUCCUCCCAGAACAGCGUCUCGGCCGGUUGCGGUGUUGGUGGUGCUGCUGCUGGUGGUGGUGUGAUCUUCGUUGGCGGAAGUCAGCAAGGAUUGACCAACGGCGGCGGUGGCCGGAUGGGCACGAUCCAACCGGUACACCAUCGAACCCGAUCGCUGCCCCUCACCGAGGAGUCGGCGAUCCGUGUCACCAGCUUGACGUCCGGGCAUCAUCAUCAUCUUCAGUACUACACUCAAGGACCACCACCGGGAGGUGGCGGCGCGACCAGCACGAUACCCCACCGGAAGUCCUCGUCCUAUCUGCUGUCAGCCGCGAACCUGCACGUCGUUCCGGCGAAUGGCGGCUGUUCGCCACCGCCACCGCUGUUGUCCACCUCGCCCCACUACCAGUGCCAGGAGGUCCCACCGAUGUCGAACGGUGCUGGAACGGAGUCACCGUCGUUCGCCUCGCUGGUCCCGUCGCGCAGCUCGAUGGAGAGCAUAAUCGAGGAUCAGCGAGGUUACCUGCCGAUGGAUCUGAAGAAGCCCGAACCGAAUGAUGGUGCUGGUGGCCACCAUCAGAUGCAACUGAUCAGUCGCCUGUUGCGAAGCAGCAACCUACAGUUCACUACGUCCCCAUCGUCGUCGGUGCCAGGUCAGCAGAAGCUCAAGAUGACCCUGCAGACGGCCGUGUCCUCCGGUUCACCGUCGUCGUCGUCAUCCUUCUCGUCACUGACGCACCACCACCAUCACCACCACCAUCACCAGCACGGCAACGGAGGUAGCAGCAGUGGCGGCGGCAACGGCAGCAGCAACAGCAACAGCAACAAUGGCGCCCUCGGUAGUUGUAGUAAUCCCUCACAGUGCAGUAGCAGUAGCAAUUGCAAUCACGCUAGUAGCCAUAAGAGCACGAACGAACGUUCCUCGCCCGCGGCGCUGCGGCGCCUGAACGGUGGUGGCCGCACUGCUGGCGCCGGCAGUAGUACGAUCAGCAGGAGUAUCGCCAUUGCGCGCGAACGUUGCGACAGUCUUCCAUCGCGUAACCGCACGACCAGCGAAACGAUGCCGCAUCAGCAGCAGCUGCAGCACCAGCUCCAGCAGCAGCAGCAACAGCAGCAACAGUACCACCAGCAGCUGAUCCUGAACAGUGGCGGCAUGCCGCCGCCCCGGAUGAUCCCCAGCAAUCGGCCCCACUCGAUGCACAUCAGCAGCAGCUGCCACAGCCACAGUCCGCCGGUCAACUCGUCGCCACUCAGCCCGCCGCCUCAGCCCGGCGGCAGCGGCGCCUACUCGACCGGAAGUGACGGUUCGUCGCUCAGCAUCGACGAGUCGACGGACAGCUUCAUCACCGGUUCGCUCACCCCGGACGAGGGCAAUGGCUUUUCUAAGGUCAUUAAUCAACUCAAUUCCGGCGGCUCGAUACCGGAGGAAAACUCGGAGGAGUUCAUCAAGGACUACAGCCAUAUCGAUCUGCGGACCGGCGGCGGACUGCCGCACCAUCUCCAUCACCACAGCCACCAUCAUCAUCACGAUGACUACGGAGCGCAGCAUCACCUUAAUUCCUUUUCGCUUCCCAUACCGCAGGGCAUGAUGGGGCGCCGCGGCGGCAGUCCGGCCCCACCGUCGACGGUCGGUUCCGUGGAGGGCGGCAGCAGCGCGUACAUGGAGAUGUGCAGCCCGAGCGGCAGCUCCCCGGGCGACCCGUCCGGCAGCUGCUACAUGGCGAUGUCCCCGGUGGCCGACUAUUCGCGCGGUCUGUGUAGCAGCUCGAGUGCCCACAGCCGAGCGUCCAGCUUGGCGGAGGAUCUCGUCGACGGGUACGUCCCGAUGAGCAUGCCCCGUGUCGUGUCCUCCGCGGUACCCACUGUGCUGCAGCCAUCGGAGGAGUACCUCAGCAUGGACCUUGGCACGCUGAACGGAGGAACUGGCGGUGGUGGCCCGAACACGCUCACUAAUCGGCUCGCCAAUGCCGCUGGUGGCGGCGGCGGCGGCGGAAUGUCGUCGGCCGCAUCGAGCUGCAGCAUCACGUCCGGCACACCGUCAACCGAUUUGCGACUGUCACUGGAGAAGGUCCCGGCCUACAUCGGCCAAUCCGGGCCGGACGAUUGCGACAUGAUGCUGAACGAUCGGCCCCACCGCACGUACUCGGUCGGCAGCCGGCCGGAGCACAACAAGCGCAAGCUGCGCCUCGACAUACUCAGCACGGGUGACGGCUGCGGGAACGGAGGAGGCAACGGUGGUGGAGGAUCGGCCAGUUCCCGGGUGCGAGCGUUCUCGGUAGGAUCGCGCGCCAAAGUACCCCGCUCAGAUGGGGGGCGCGUCGGGGGAUACGGUGCCGGAACGGCGAUCAUCGUGCCGUUCCUGUCGGCCAACGAGAGCAACAACAACAGCAACAGCAGCAUUUCGAAUGCCGGCAGCAGCUACGCCAGCGGUGGCGUUGGUGGCGGAAGUGGCAUGAUGAUGCACCUCGACGAAACGCUCGGUACGGGAACGGGCGGCGGCGGCAACGGCGGUGGAGCAGGAGGUCUGUUGGGCAAGAAGUCGAGCAGUGGCUCGCUGCUACCGGACGGUGGACCCAGCGUCGUGAAGCUGACGGCCCACGGAUCGUUCGAUCGGAUGGGUGAUCUGAUGGAGAUCGACUACUCGCUGCCGACUCGAGCGGCGGGACCGAAUGGCGCGGCGGGUAGCAGUAGCACCCCGCUCAAGAAAGUGUCCCAGUCCGAGCCCGGAAUGGAGGAUUACCUCGACAUGUCGGGAGGGAGCAACAACAACAACAACAACGGUGACACGGAGGAGGACGCCCGACGAGCGGCCAUCGUCGCGUCACACGCCGUCGCCGGGUACGUGGAGAUGCGCCCGGGACGGCUCAACUCGCAGUCCUCGACGUCGGCGGCCCCGGUGGAGGAAAGCGACUAUCUCAACAUGACCCCCGGAGGCGGUGGCCACGAUGUGCCCGACUGCCCGGCGGCCACGAUACUGUCACCCAAAACGACCAGCUCGCCGAUACAGAUCCUAAACUCGCCGAAAAAGUUCGCCACACCGGCCGGUCCCAGCCAGCAGCCAGCGAUCGCCAGUGGGAGCGGAGGCGCCAGGAACAACAACUACCUCGAAAUGUACCCUCGGCUGAUGGGGACGGCUCAGCCAGCGGCGGCCACCCGUGCCACCCGGCAAGUCGCUACGAAAGUACCUUCGGAAGACUACCUGAACAUGAGCCCGCUGAUGAUGAGCGGGACGGACAGUGGCAGCGAAGAGAAGAUGAUGCACCCGGACACGGAGGAUGACGUCGCGGACCCGCUGGUGGAAUCGUCCAGCGCACCGGAAGGCUACAUGGAGAUGUCGUGGCCUCACAACCUCAGUGCCACCUCGGGCGCCCCUGGCGACGUUUGCAUGAAACCGCCGGCCAGCGAUGACGACUACAUGAACAUGUCGUGCGGUAGCGGUGGCGGUGGAUCGGAGGAUCGACUAUCGUCGGCCCCGAUCACCAUUCAUCCGUCGCCCGGCAAGUGUCGGCUCGAUCUGAGCGAAGAGUCCAAGGACGACGGAGCGGACGGUGGUGUUUCAAACAUCCCUACCUAUCUGCCCCUGUUGGGCCAGAAUCCGGAUUCGGCACGCAAAAACACGGUCUGUCUGCAGCAGCACCAGCACCAACAGCAGCAGCAGCAGCAACAGAGUGGAAGUGGGAUCCAGACGACGACCGGCCAACAGAGCGGCUGGGUGGGUUUUAGUCCGUCGAAAGCAAACUCCGCCCUGGCGCGCGCUCGGUGCGAUUCCCGUGACAGCGGUAUCGUAACACCGUCCGGCAGCCAGGCCACCAUCUUCCCGUUCAGCCCCGGCAGUCCGACGAAACCGUUUCCGGGCGACACGAAAAAGGAACCGCUCGAGGACCUGAGUCAAAACUAUGCCGAGUUGAGUCUGGGACGCCAGCAGCAGCAGCAGCAACAGCAGCAGUCGGUCGCUAAAGCCGAACCGGACUACGUCAACUACUGUCCCGCGGUGCCGCGGUCCAGUAAUCCCACCACACCGACGGAUCUGGCACCGUCGCUGCGGAGUCGCCUCGCGGAGGACGAUGGCGCGGGCGAUUACGCUCUAAUGAACCCCGCCAGCAGCCGGAAGCUGUCGACCACCUCGAUGGGUGCCACCGGGACCGGCGGAGCGAGUAGCGCCGGUGGCUCCACGAGCUCCAACAGCGGAGGCACCAAUGCCACGACGGCCGUCAACGCACCACCGGUGCUGGUGGCAAAAAAAUCUACGCUCCUCUCGAACCAUCCGGCUGCAGCCGCGGCGAUGGGUUUCAAGCCGAUCGCCUCGUCGCAGGACACGGAACUGCUGCGAUCGGCUACGACGGUAGUCACCGCCGGCACUUCGCACUCCGCGAGACCGAGCUACGCCCGUCAGCUGUCCGAGUGGCGCGUGAUAAGCGCGGAACCGACUACCAGCAGCGGGGUGGAGCCAGCGAUCGCUGUGGGUGAUCGUAGCCCGCGGCCAAACAGUGUCAACAGUGAGCUGAUCGGGGCUAGGGAUCGCACACCCGGGAUCACCGGGACCACCGGGCCGGGAACGUCCAGCGGUAGUGGCGUGGCGAUGCGGCCCAGUUCGGCCAACAGUGAGCGACUUCCGAGCAUAUCAGCAGCCACGACCGCCACCUCGUCAUCCGCGUCGUCCACGUCGACGCUUUGCGAGAGCAAAAACCAAAGCCCAUCGGCGUCGUGCACGGCCCUCGCGGGUCUGGGGCUGGCCCCCGGCAGUAGCGGUGGGGCGCGGCCCGACUCCGUGAGCUCCAUCACCGAUCCGCACAUCAUCUCGCGGCCACCCUCGGUGAGCUCCGAGCGGGAGCUUCACUACGCCAGUCUCGAUCUGCCGCCCUGCACCAAGCUGCCCUCGAGCAGCGCGGUGGGCACCGCCGCCGGUCCAACGGCGCCGAUACCGACAACGCCCGGAGCCGGAGCGGUGCAAAAGAUGGACGUCGACGAACCGCCGGUCGGUUUGAUGUCGAACGACAGUCACAGCUCGAUCGACUCCAUGAACUCUAGCCCUAGUCCGAGCGCGGGGUGUAGUGCCGGGCUGUCCUCUUCCUCCCAGCAGCAGCAACAGCAGCAACUGGUGCGUUGUUCCGCCUUCACCUACGCCCAGAUCGAUUUCGUCCGGUCCGUGGCGCAGGCGCAAAAGCAGCACCAACAACAACAGCAGCAGCAGCAGCAGCAACAACAUUCACAACCCUCAGCGGCUGGCCCCGGGGGCACUGCGGCUGCUGGCCCUGGUGGAAGUGGUAGCGGAAGUGGCCCCAGUAGUGCCACCGGCAGCGCCCCUCAGUCAUCGCAAGCGUAAGCACGCUCACGCUGUGCUCGUGGCGUUUCGUGUUUUGUACUUUCUUUUGUUCCAUUGUCACGUUCUCUUAACUUAUAUUUAGCCACUAAGUAACACCAAUUUUCCUAUCAUGAUGCAUU